GUUGAAGGGUGUAAGCCUGUAAGGACGGUCAGUGUGCGUGUGGUCUUCGUAAGAGGUGGACGUUGCGCAAACCCGCCUGUUCGGACUGGAUUUCCCGUGUCGUCCUCUUGGCGCUUCUGAUCUCUGCAGGGAAUAGGUGUUCACCCAAAUUGAGGUCAAGGAAUCGAGUAGCGAGCAAUAGCUUCGUGUAGGAAGUAACUGCGUCUACUGCAUAGUGUUGCCGAGGGCUUCGGGAACCACUGACUUACCAAACCGACCCUUCUUCUGCAUUCCCCGACUUGCACCCACACACACACACCUAGUCCUCCUCCUCCUCCUCCUCCUCGUCCUCCUCUUCCUCCUCCUCCUACCUACCUACCGUAUUCUUCUCCCUGCUCGUCAGCUAGAGCAACCUCCUUCCUUCCUGCUUCGAAGCUCUCGUCUUGGACUUCCGCCAUUGGCUCCGACUUCAACAGGACCAAGUGAACAUCUGGAAGCGGUUCCUGAGAAAAGCCAAAAGCCAAAUUCGAAAAAUCUUAAAGUUUCUCCGAGACGCCUCAGCCAAGGGCGUCCUGCGGGAAUCCGUCAAGAUAUCCUGCAUCCUACGUCGUGUCUUUUCCGGUAGAAAGACUCUUUUAACAGACAUUCAGUGACCUGUCUGUCGCCCUAGUGAAGUCUGUGGUGGCCUCGUUGGUACUGCAGCGCCCCUUUGCGAAGUAUCCUUUUUUUAAUACCGGUGGAGUGAGAGAGCGCCGAGCCCAAGAUGGCGUGGCUGAGCACCGAGUUCUACUUCUACAAGGGCAGUGCCCCUUGCCGAGCUGUCUGGAUGACGCUCAAGGCCCUCAACGUCGAGUACGAGGAGAAGCACGUGGAUCUCCUCAAGGCCGAGAACAAGAGGCCUUGGUUCGUGAGGUUAAAUCCCCAGCAUACAGUGCCAACCAUAAGUGAUCAGGGAUUCGUCUUGUGGGAGAGCCGAGCCAUCAUGAUGUACCUGGUGAAUAAGUAUGCAACUGAGGAGAACCAGUAUUUAUAUCCCAAGGAUCCCGAGGAGAGAGGGAAAGUGGACAGGAUGCUUUUCUUCGACAUGGGCACCUUCUAUCAUGCAAUCAAAGAAUACUUUCGUAAGAAACCUCGACCAUUUCAGGGCCCAAAGAUCCACCAAGGAAUGUCCCCUGAGCAGGAGAAGGAAAAUCUGCUGAAGACGAGUCUCGACUACCUGGACCAGUUCUUAGAAUCUGGGGGCGUUCCCUACCUGUGUGGGGAGAGAAUCACCAUCGCUGACAUCGCAGUUUUGGCAUCAAUUACGGAACUUGAUGCCUUAGAUUAUAAUUACAAAUGUUUCGGAGAAGUCCUCAGAUGGUCGCAGAGGAUGAAGGAGAACUUCCCUCAUUACAAGGCAUGCUGCUUAGAAGGUGUUGAAAUGACGAAAGCAAGAGUGAAGCAACUGGAGGAUGACCUCAAGAAACAGAUGGAGAAAGAGCGUAAAGCUUCUAUCACUAAGAAAUAACUUUUGGGAAGUGGCACUGAAGAAAUCUAAAGAAUGUUUACAAUUUAUUCUUUUGACCGUUACUUCCAAGGAUCUCUCUCUCUCUCUCUCACUCUCCCUCAUUAUAUACGUAUGUACGUAUGUAUAUAAUUGUAUACGUACAUGCAUUAUAUAAGGCCACAGUGUACUUAUGUACGUAUGUAUGUAUAGAUAGACUUUAUACAGUAUGUAUGCACCUGUACGUAUAUAUGCAACAUAUUUAUGCCUAUAUGUUCACACACUUAAUUUAUGAAAUUGACAACCAAAGUAAAAUUUUAGAUGAACUAAAUCUUUUGUGAUAUAAUAUGAAUAAUUAAAGAGAGCUGUAGACGUAAGCACUUGGAAACUGGAUUUUCUAAAAAAAACAGUUAUGUAGUUCUAACAAAAGCAAAAGUUCAAGUAGAAAUGAACUUUGAGUUUGAACUCAAAAUAAAAAGUUGUUAAUGAUACACAAACUCCUACUGUUAAGAUUUUUACCUUAUUCACAUUUUAUUGUUGAAAUGUUGUAUUCGUUUUUCCUUUACCUUUUGAAAAACAAAAAUACUGCCAUCUCAUUUACUGUACUGCGUGAUUUUUUUAAUGAAAAACUUGUAUAGAUUUAAAGAAAACAGCUGUUCUAAUAUAUGUAGUACUGUAAUUUAUGGCUAUUCUUUUGGAAAGUGUUUAAUUAUUACCUUACUGUGACUCCCUAUAAAGGGAAAAAAUUGUUUUACACAAGUAAUGCUAUGAAUCUCAUUUAAUGCUAUAAAUCUCAUUUAAUAUUAGAAUCCAUCAUGUCUUGGGAAUAACUUCCACCCCUGGCAAAUAAUAAGAGUUUCAUCUGCCCUUGCCAGAAUUUGAGACUGGGCCUUUGGAUUACACACACAGAAAUAGUUGACCCUGACCAUUGUAAUUCCCAUGGAUGCAAGUUAUUCCCGUUAUUCAGUAUUAAAUGUUAUUUGUGAAUACCAUAUGUAUAGUCACGCAGGUGUAUAAACUAUGCCGCAUAAGGGUAUGUUUAACAUGCGAGUACGAAAUGAUCUUUCCAUUUAAAAGACAAUACUGUACAGUAUAUCUUCCAAUAAUUAUCUGGUCUUGUAACAAUGAAUGAAGUUCUGCUUUGAGUUCAUUUACAGUUGUAAAGCAGCAAUCAUUCUGUGAGCUAGAUCAGUUGCAUAAAUGACACUUCAAGGCUACUUCCUAAAAAAAAUACAAUACACUACUGUACUUUGACAAUGUCAAAACCAUUUGCAUAGCAACAAAAUAAUUAUCUAGCCUAAGUGAAAGGUAAUGUUGUCAUUUUUUAGGAAUACAGGUAUAUCCAGUUUGCAGGUCACCUAUACAAUUUUGUUGCUUAUUAGGCCAGAUCCAGCUAUGCAUUGGUUGAGCAAGGAACUUCAAUUUGGCAAAAGCAUACAUGCUGUGAGAAUUUAACCUGAUAAUGAAGGGAUAUGAAGGGGUCUAUCAUAGGAAUGCAUCCACUUAAAAGGCAGGGAUAUCAUGUGUCUUCCAUAGUGAUAAAAUUAGCUUCCAGAAAAAUUUCCAAAUUUAGGGAUAUAUCUGUAUCCAGCUUAUAAGCAAGGGAUUCUAAGUUCUCUAUCUCAGGGAUAUGUCCAGUUUGUUAGUCCAAGAUUCCAAAUCACCUCUUGUAGUAACAUUUUAUCUGUUUGUAAGGAAGAAUGAUUGUUAGUAUUUCUUUUCGUCGGCAAAAUUUAGAAUGGGCCACAAGCUUAGAUAUUCCCCUUCAGACAAUUAAAGCAUUAACCGACAUGAGUAUUUGUAAGGUGAACAGCCUUCCCUACAAGGAACUUGAGUUUGAAUGGUAUAAAGCAUAGUAUUUUAGACAAUUUUCAGCUAUGGACGGUUUAACUGGUUUAUUGGGAACAUUUUGUUUAUAGUAUAAAUCCAGGAAGCUCAAAUUGGAAAUAGCAUGCUUGCAAUUGUAAUACUGUACUAAAAGUUUUGCCAAGUUCUGUACAAUUGAGUACACAUAUUAAACCACUUUUAUAAAAAUCAUGCCUUGUUAGUACAGAAAAUUUUUUGAUAAUAUUAGACAGAAUCUUGGGUUAUUUUUAAAUGAAAUACAAUGUAAGGAAAGGUGAAGUGACUUACUUUGUAUAACAAACAAUUACUUAUCCCAUAUUUUUGACAGUAUCCUUAAGGUUGUAAAUUGUGCUUACCAUCUAUUAGCACAGUUGCUUUACAUUUUGUAUCUAUGUAUAAAGCAACUCCCAGCAGUUUGACCUCAAUUACAAUAAAUUUUUUUUUCAUAUGCUUCUAUUUUUAUUUGCUUGCAAUGUAGCUUCAGUGUUUUGAGAUUUUUUGCAUUUACAUUGUUUGGAAAAUUGUGGUUGUUACUCAAAAAACAUAUAUAGGAUAGGUUUUCAGAUUGUGCUGCAAAACAACAGACUAUGUACGUACUCUAUUUGGCAGUUAUCCUUAUGAAAAUCAGUUUACUUUUUACUGAAGAAUUAUUUUUAUUUUUGAUCCUAUAUUUGGAUUUUGUAAAUAUUCCUGAUUCACUAGUCUGCUGUGGUGUAGCAUCUAGAAGUGAGAAAACUGAAAUACUACAUAGAUGACAUAUAUUUGGAUAACCAAAUUUACGUUUUACUUGGUCAUAACCCUUUUCUUCCUGAGUUUCAGGCUCCAACCUAAAAUUCUUUAUUUCAUGAUUUACGGUAGACCAAAACGGAUUUGAAUUUGUUAAUGGAAUUUAUUUUAGUAUCAAAUAUAGUAAUUUAGUGUUUAAGUUUUUAUAUUUUGUUACUGUACUUUUAACAUUAUGUUUUAUGAAUUUUUAGUCUCGCAAGAAGCUAGAGUAUAUACAUCUUACGAUAGUUCUUUGAUAUUUUAUUUUUAUUACAAACAUGGAUUGUUCUUUCUUCAUGAAAGGCCAAAUAAUUGUCCUCUUUUUUGAGAGUUUCCUGAUUUAUUCAUAUGCCAUUUAUGUUUGCCGUACUUAAUGACCCAUGUCUGUUCAGCUGUGUUGCUUUUUAUUAUAUGUAUUGUGUAGAAGUAUUAUUGGCUCCUUAGAAUGAGAUUUGAAAACUUGCAGAUUUUUUUUUUCCCUAUAUUUAUGAUUUAUGCAAAUAUAAGCAAAUUUUGGAUUUAUAGGUUAGUCAGACACUGAUGCUUUUUAUGUCAAAGUGUGUAACAGAGUAGGAUUCCCAUAUAAAUAAGAAGAGACAAAAGUUGUAUUACAAGAGCCCUCUGUGCUCCUCAGUAAGUCCAUAGCUCCAUUGUUUCUUUUCUGUUGAUUUUAUAUGGGCAUUCUACUUCUCCAUCGUGUACUGUUAUUACAGUUAUGUGUGAAAUAAAGUUUAUUGUAUUCUGA